CUGAGAGGGGAAGUACUCUGCUAAUGUAGCCAACAGGACUGGAGUGUCCACCCCCCACCCUCACAUACAAACACAGAGUCACACAUUUAAUGCUUGGUCACACUCUUUGACAUGUGCAUUAUCUCAGUACCUCUCUCUCUCUCUCUCUUCGAACAGAAACUCACACAGAUACACUGAACAAACACUCUCGGGCGCCACUUUUCACAUCGACCGUUCAGGCGAAGCAGCGUCGCCUUGGAUUGCUGUCCUCAGCAUGGAAAAGAAAGCUGACAUAAAGGCCAUGAUGGCUCGCUUCCAACCGGAUGGAGUGAGCGUUGAUGAAACUUGUUCUUUACCGACUGGACGCAUCCGACAACCCCUGCAGCCCACCCUCUCCUCCAACCCAACCGUACAGAUGACGAAAACUGUCUUGGAGAGCCCCUCGGGCAGCGCGAUAAACAUUCCUCCAAAACCCAAUUUUCUGAAAUCUAAAAGUGACUUAGAGGCACAUGAACCAAACAAAACUAAAGCCCUGGCUAGCAGGUUUGGAAACAUCCAGGAUGACACCAACACCAAACCUUUUAUUGUGAAUAAACAGCCGCUGCCCCUGAAGCCACCCUUUUCACAGGCUCCUGAAGCUAAAGGCCCUCUACAGAAGCCCCCGCUCAACAAGCCCUCUCUGAGCUCCACUCUGUCCGACUCCAAACCUGGCUUUCCUAAACCAGCACUUACCUCCAAGCCCAGCUGGUUGAAAGAAGACAGUGGCGGAGGUUUACAACAAAAGUGCAGCAGCAGCAUUGUAAGAUUGCAGCAGCAAAAUAAAGAGAUGGCAGGAGCUGGCGCGAACGCUGCGAACAAACCUUCGCCUCUGCCGAAGUACGCUUUUAAGCCCCCUGCUCAGAAUAACUUCAACAAGGAACCAGAGAGCGGCGGGAAAGCAGACGGAGCCAACAAACCGCCGUGCAGUACCGCUAACUCCGUCCCCCCAUCAAUACCUUUUGCCAGUAAAAAACCUAGCCUCAAAAGACCUCAAAACCUUUCUCCUCUGACUAGCAGCAACAUCAGUGACGGCGCUUCCGGCCCCAAGUGUAACCCCCUCCCCAACAGUCUAGCUUUGGGCUCUGCUCCUGCCAAGCCCAACCGACCCCCCAUAGUCAACCUGGAGAGCUUUAAAAGAGGUGCUGUGGCCUCCGAUAAUGGUCCUGGCGCCUUUAAGAAACCCAUCCUCCCAACUCCUCUGGCCUCUCACCCCAGUAACCAUACCAACCAUGUGACCCCGACUCAACCCUCUCCGACGGCAGUUCCUAGUCUGCCCCCACGGCACCCUGGAGCCAUGAUCCAGCAAGAUGAGUGCUAUGAUGACAUUGAUGAAUUUACCAGCGCUCCUCCACCACUACCAUCAUCGACAAGUCACCCAAGUCAGAGGUCAAAGGAGGAAGAGGAUGAUGAUGGCGAUAGCGAAGAGAUGUAUGAGGAUCUUGAUGAACGAUGGGAAGUGGCUGAACAACAACAAGAGAAGAAUAAGGAGAAAGACGACAAGGAGGAGAAGAAACGACUGGAGGCUGAGAAGAAGGAGCAGAAGGAACGUGAGAAGAAGGAGCAAGAUGCCAGAAAGAAAUUCAAAUUGGUUGGCCCUCUGGAGGCCAUCCACCAAGGGACGGCAUGUGGGGAUUACAAAAGCUGCAAGAACAACCUUGGUCUGAAGCAGGGAGACUGUCUAGACAUCAUACGUGUCCAGGGCAACCCAGAGGGAAGGUGGUUGGGACGGACGCUGGAUGGAUCCAUUGGUUAUGUAAAGAUCACUGCCGUGAAAAUUGACUUUGACUCUCUGAAGAAUAGUCAAGCUCAGCAGGCGUACGACUCCGAUGUAUACGAUGACAUCGACGUGGUCUCUGCUGAUAAAAGCGGGAUGAAAGGACAGGGAGUUGUCCUGCCCCCGCUGCCAGGAGACGAAGGAGAAAUAUAUGAUGAUAUUAUUGAUGUAAACCUGGAAGUCAGUCCCCUGGACUCCAGGUCCUCUUCUUCGAAGCCUCGUAGCUUCCUGCGGAUAUUUGAGCGGAGCAGACGUCCUGCCAGCCCUAAAGUAGUGCCUCCACCCAGCCAGUUUACUGCAGAGGGGAAUUCAGAUCAUCUAGGAGAAGAAAUAGAUGAGGAGAUAUACGAUGAUGUUGACUCUCACAAUCUGCCUCCCCCUCCUCCCAUCAGCAGCCUUCCACUUCUGAAAGGCAAAAGCAAGACGGAAGAGAUGGACCCAAAGAAGCAGAAAAAGUUUGAGAAAGAGGAGAAGGACUUCAGGAAAAAGUUUAAAUAUGAAGGGGAGAUCCAGGUGCUGUACCAGGUGACCAUCUCCCUGACACUUACCAAGAAGAAGUGGAGUGCCAAAGAGCUUCCAGUCAAAGCAGGAGAGAAACUGGACGUCAUCGUUAAGGCCGUGGACAACAAACUGAUCUGUCGGAACGAGGAGGGAAAGCUUGGCUACGUAUCGACCAGCCACGUUGACAUGAACGAUGGAGAUAUCUACGAUGACAUUGGAGAUGAUUGCAUCUAUGACAACGAUUAGAAACAUCCUGCACUGGGUUUAUUGUUUUACACUGAUAUUGCUCGUUUUAUUUAUUAUGUUUAAUAAUAAUACAUUAGGAGCUCAUAAUGCCUGAUAAUCAGACGGAAUUGUCAUUUUUGUUUCGUUCCCUCAAAGACAACAAAACUAAACAAUGUGAUGGGAUCAUAUUACUUGCGGCAUAUCAGCAAAGUGGAAAAUGUUUGUUUGAACAGUGUUUUGCAUAUCUCUGUUUACCUUUAGAGCCGCCACAGCACUGUACAUGUAACCUUCUACUGUGUUUUGCAAUAUUAUAAUAAUAGCUAUAUGUUGUAAACAUUACUUGCUAUUUUAUCUUCAGUUAAUGUCCACGAUAUGAUGCUGUGUGUAUACUCCAUUGCUGUCUGCUCCCAAACUAACUCGACUGUCUCAAGUUUCAACAUGUGGACUAAACAACUGUUCUAGUGCCAAUGUUCCUCUAUAAUACUGUACAUACAAUUGUGAAAAUAUAAAUUUCGAUUUUUCUCUACA